UCCGGCAUGCCAGAAAAUAUCCCGUUUCUGAAGAACCGCACGGAACUGGGACAUGUUGGACGCGCGCUGGGUUCGAGCGCGCGACCCGCGUGGGCUGUAGCGGCGCUGGCCAGCGUUCUGAUCUUUACCACGGUGGUAGACGUCCUGGGGAACCUUCUGGUCAUCAUCUCUGUCUGUCGCAAUAGGAAGCUGAGAAACGCCGGCAACGUGUUUGUGGUGAGUCUGGCGUUUGCUGAUCUGGUGGUGGCCUUCUACCCAUAUCCAUUGGUGCUGUAUGCAAUCUUUCACGAUGGAUGGUCACUGGGGGACACCCAGUGCAAGGUGAGCGGCUUCCUGAUGGGCCUGAGCGUGAUCGGCUCCAUCUUCAACAUCACGGCGAUCGCCAUCAACCGCUACUGCUACAUCUGCCACAGCUUUGCGUACGGCCGGCUGUACAGCUGCCGCAACACGCUGCUGCUGGUGGCGCUGGUGUGGGCGCUGACGGUGCUGGCCAUCCUGCCCAACCUGUUCGUGGGCUCGCUGCAGUACGACCCGCGCGUCUACUCCUGCACCUUCGCGCAGACGGCCAGCGCCUCCUACACCAUCGCCGUGGUGGUGGUGCACUUCCUGGUGCCCAUCGCCGUGGUGACCUUCUGCUACCUGCGCAUCUGGAUCCUGGUCAUCCAGGUGCGGCGGAAGGUGAAGAGCAGCGAGCGGCCGCGCCUGCGCCCCAGCGACCUGCGCAACUUCGUCACCAUGUUCGUGGUGUUCGUGCUCUUCGCCAUCUGCUGGGCGCCGCUCAACCUGAUCGGGCUGGCGGUGGCCAUCGACCCGCAGCGCAUCGCGCCGCACAUCCCCGAGUGGCUCUUCGUGGUCAGCUACUUCAUGGCCUACUUCAACAGCUGCCUCAACGCCAUCAUCUACGGCCUGCUCAACCGCAACUUCCGCAAGGAGUACAUGCGCAUCGUCACGUCCGUGUGGAUGCCGCGCCUCUUCGUCACGGAGACCUCGCGGGCAGCCACGGACAACAUGAGGAGCAAGCCCUCGCCUGCCAUCAACAACAACGAGUGA